GGUCGUUGGCAAUUAUUAAAUUUAAAUAAAUCUCAAAGCCUAUCUUCCAACAAUUCUCAUCAAUUCCAAGUCACCCACAAUCAUCACCAAUUCCAAACAUGCUUCUCUUCAUGUUCUUUCUAAUCCUACAAACACUAGAUUCUGAAUCAGCAGCAGCACCAAAAGCCAAUUGCCAAAUAAACUUGGACUCCACACUGUUCACAAAUUCCUCAUGGCUCUCCCCUUCUGGCCUCUUCGCCUUCGGUUUCUACCCGGAAGGCAGCGACGGCUUCAAAGUCGGAAUACAGUUCAUAGAGUCUCCCAGCAACACAACAGUCAUUUGGACAUCAAACAGAGAUGGCUCACCAGUCUCCAGAAAUGCCACUUUAAAGUUUGGCCAAGGAGGUCUGAGGCUCUUCCGGGCAACCUCACAAGGCGAGGACCAAAACAUUGUCAACUUGGAUCAAACAUCUUCUGCACACUGUGCUUCCAUGCUGGACUCUGGCAACUUCAUUAUCUAUGACUCCAACAGCUCUGUUUUAUGGCAAACAUUCGACACCCCAACUGACACACUAAUGGUAGGCCAGGUGCUGAGCAUCAACACUGAGCUCAUCUCAAGCGUCUCUGAAAUGAAUCAUUCCAGCGGGAGGUUUCGGCUUCUAAUGCAAAGCGACAGCAACGCGGUCAUGUAUCCCGUGGGGACUGAUGAUAACGCUGUCAAUGCCUACUGGUCUUCAGAAACAUACCUGCAGGGUCAAUACUCCAACCUGAACCUCAGCCAGGAUGGAAUCCUCUUCAUUACAAAUUACAAUCAAUCACAACGUAAAAAUUUAACACAAGGGGACCAGAGCUACAACCCAAAUACCCUUCAUCUUGCGAGGCUUGAAUCAAAUGGAAUGCUUUAUGUAUAUGCCUACGAUUUAGUGAAGAACACCUCUGCAGUUUUAGAUAAAAAGCCAGAUGAUCAGUGCGAGGUGAAGGGCAUAUGUGGGCUCAACAGUUAUUGCACUUUGUCUGGAGGAAACCAUGUGUGCUUGUGUUUGCCUUAUUUUGAUAAAAUCAAUGAUGAGGAUACUCAGGCUGGAUGCCAAAGGAACUUCAUUUUCAGUACCUGCCUGGGUGUUGGUGAUAAAGAAACAUACUACAACACCAUGGACUACCUAGAGAAUGUACAAUUGUUGACAGAGCCUCUAUCUCCCACAGAAACAUCAACAAGCAAAGAAGAUUGUAGACAAUCAUGCUUGGAUGAUUGCAACUGCGAUGUUGCAAUAUACAAUGAAGAUUAUGUUAGUUGCUCCAAACAAUCACUCCCUUUGAAGUAUGGAUCGAAAAGCACAGACACAAAAAAUAUAGUCUUCAUCAAGCGAACUGCUCGGAAGAACACAACAGCCGGAGGCCUUGAUGCUGUUCCUAGCACUAGAAUCAAGAAAGAGUUGAGUGGUGGACCUCUGAUAGUGUUCAUAACUGUUGUUUCUGGGUUGAUCAUCUUCAUCCUUGUCUUGUUUUUCAUCGUAUUCAAGUGUCAAGCUGGAAGAUAUAGAAUGAUUUGGAGAAGCAAAGAGCUGGCCUUGACUGAUGAGAUUGCACCGAGAUCUUUCUCCUACUAUGAGUUGUAUGAGGCCACUGAAGGUUACAAGGAAGAGGUUGGGAAGGGAGCCUUUGGGACUGUGUUCAGAGGCACCUUACCGAGCACAGGGAUGUUGGUGGCUGUGAAAAGGCUUGAGAAGGUUGUGGAAUAGGGUGAAAGAGAGUUCCAAACAGAGAU